AAGUUCACCUGGAACGAACGAUAACAACAAUCGCUGUUCGGCUCAGUGUAAUUAAAAUUCACAAAAUCAUCAAUCGCAGUUCUGUGAUGUUACGAGCAAUUACCCAGUCAGCGAUCGUCACAAUGGGCAGUCGGAACUUGUGCAGCAAUGUGAAUCCUUCAAGACUCCAGGGGAAAGUGGCCGUCGUGACCGCUUCAACCGAUGGAAUCGGCUUCGCCAUUGCGGAACGUCUCGGCAGGGAGGGAGCGAAGGUUGUGGUCAGCAGUCGCAAGGAGCAGAACGUGAAGAAGGCGGUGGACCAGCUGAAAUCGGCCGGACUGGACGUGACCGGGGUCAAGUGCCAUGUUGCGAAUGCUGCCGACCGGAAGGCGCUGUUUGAGACUGCGAUGAAGCAGUACGGUGGGAUCGAUAUUCUGGUGUCGAACGCGGCGGUGAACCCGGAAGUCGGAGCUGUGUUGGACGCGAGCGAAGAAGCUUGGGACAAAAUCUUCGACGUGAACGUAAAGUGCUCGUUCCUGCUGGCCAAGGAGGCACUUCCGCUCAUUCGGCAGCGGAAGUCGGGCGGAAGCAUCGUGUUUGUGUCCUCGAUUGCCGGAUUUCAACCGUUUUCGCUGCUCGGGGCUUACUCGGUCAGUAAGACGGCCCUGUUUGGACUGACCAAGGCCGCCAGUCAGGAUUUGGCCCCGGAGAACAUCCGGGUUAAUUGUAUUGCGCCGGGCAUUGUGAGGACCAAGUUUGCGGCCGCUCUUCAGGAUUCGGAAACCGCUCGGGCAACGGCGUUGGAGAAGAUUCCGAUGAAUCGUUUCGCCGAACCAAAGGAGAUCGCGGGCGUUUGUGCCUUUCUGGUCUCGGAGGACGCCAGCUACAUCACCGGCGAGACGAUUGUCGCCUCCGGAGGCAUGAGUUCGCGACUGUAAGGAAUGUGGUGUUCGAUCUUUGUUCAGUUUUUGGGUAAUCAGGGAAAUAAAGGGCUUGUUGUUUAAUCUUUGGAACGAAA